CAUGACAGCCCCUUCAGAGACACGCGAACUCCCUCAUUUCAGGUCUCAUGUCACGAAAGCCACCGCUGCUCGAGAGCACUCAUAUAAGCACAAGCACGCGAUUCUCUUGUUUUAUGAGGAGAAUGGUAAGGAUGAUGAAAAUGAGGCUGAAGCCCUCAGUAGCUGUCUGCAAGAGUUUUUUGGCAUCACUGCCACUAUUCUCAAGAUAGCAAGAGACGACAUGACACCCGCUGAGACGUUGCAGCAUACCAUCAACCAGACUAUCGACACGACUGGCCCCUGUGGUGACGACUAUGAACGGUCGUUGAUCAUCAUCGCGUAUAUUGGAGAAGCUGUGGUGGAUGAUGGGCACGUAUUGUUUUCGACGUUCACCUUCCAACAGGCAAUGUUCUGGGAUACUAUUCGAGAGGCUCUUUUCACCGAAAAUGAGAGACUCAGCCACAUCGACGCACUGGGGCUCAUCGAUUGCUGCAAUGUCCCUGAGACUACAGUGCAGACUUCGCGAAAGUGCCAGGUCCUCGCAUACCCGCGUUCAGGUUCAGGAGUUACGCUCACACGGCAGCUUACAGAUGCUGCACGUCUUCUGCAACAGCGGGGAUCAGCAUGGACGACAGUCAACUCUUUGUUUGAGGAAAUGCAGCGUCAUGACUCAAAGCCCUGCAACUAUGCUUCGAAAAUGGCCCUGCAUCAGAUUAGUGGUGAUAAGCCUAUCUCUUUGCGGUUCAAACAACUCUGGUGAUAGAGUUCUAGGAAGAACUUGAUGGUGUGCAAGGAGGCAAGCUUGAGGGUGCUUUUUUUGAAUCACCAUGCCAAACGAGGAUCCGAUGCACAUGCAGCGACUGAAAAAAAUGGGCAGCGGCCGUGCCUGCGAGUGUGCGGUCAGUAUCAUCGACAAGGACGAAAAGGUAUUUUAGGGCUAGAUGCUGUUUAUUGCUAUCGGUUAUGUCUUUUGUACGAACGUGGUCUUGAAUGGCCCGCGAGGUUUUACUUGGAAUGACUAGGUCGACCAAUUACUGACAAGGGUGCUGUUUCUAUACUGGUGCUUG